ACAUGUACGCUUAAUGUGUAAUGCCAGCGGCGCCUCCUUGUGAAAGCUAUUAAAGGACACUUUAGCCCGAAAACGAUUAACGUUUAAAUUAAUCUGAGUGUCACAAAUACUAAGCGUGGCUUUUUGUUUAUUGUUUGGUGAUGCUUUUUUAUGUCCUCACAAAAUCUUUCGCAAGAGUUUUGGUUAUUCAUAUGUUUGGCGGGACUCCGUUUAUUAUUGUGGAGACAUAUAGGGGACACAGAAAGUUGACUUGAUCUCGCUUCUAGGUAAAGUAGGUGGCGCUCACUAGCUGUCUGGGAAAUUGCUUAUUACGAGUAGCUGCUUAUUGAAUUGAUUACCAGUCAGUGUGUGACAAGCAUGUCAGAAUCAGGCCACAGUCAGCCUGGCAUAUAUGGACCGGGGCGUCGGAGACGGCGACGUCGUGGCGACCGGGACAUUGGACCUGCAGGCCAGAACCUGUCCGGUCCCAGUCGGGAUCGAGAAUACCAACCGCGGGAACGAAGGGACGGAAGUGAGGAACCACAAGGUCCUCUGAUUCAGAAGACUCCCAUCAUUCUGGCCAAGCCCCCCGGGGAGAGGGCCAAGCCAUUACAGAGUACGGUUGUCAGCGCAGCUCCAGUUCUUGACAAGCCGAUCAUGCUCAUGAAGGCUCGGGACGACACGGUGAAACCGACCACUCCUCCAGAAGCGACGCCUCAGUCUACCGGUCCCGGACCCUCCAAAGUGGAGAGGGAAGGCCAGCGACCCACCCAGCCUGUCUACCAGAUCCAGAACCGAGGAAUGGGUGCCUCUGCAACAAGCAGCGCUGUGGAUCCCUUGGUCGGCCAAUCUAAACUCAUCCCACCAGAGAAGAUGAAGCACAGCAUCAAGCUGGUGGAUGAGCAGUUGAAUUGGUGUGACAGUGCCAUGGAGUACCUGCGGGACCAAACUGAUAUGCUGGUGGUGGGAGUCAUUGGCCUGCAGGGAACUGGGAAAUCAACUGUCAUGUCUUUGCUGUCAGCCAACACCCCUGAAGAAGACCAAAGGGGUUACGCAUUCAGAGCGCAGACUCAAGAGAUGAAGGAGCGAGGUGGAAACCAGAGCACAGGAAUUGACUUCUUCAUCACGCAGGAGAGGAUCAUCUUCUUGGACACCCAGCCAAUGCUCAGCCCCUCUAUUCUGGACCACCUCAUCAACAAUGAUCGCAAGUUGCCCCCGGAAUACAAUCUCCCUUACACCUAUGUGGAGAUGCAGUCUCUUCAGAUUGCCUCCUUCCUGUUUACAGUGUGCCACGUGGUCAUUGUGGUUCAAGAUUGGUUCACUGACUUAAACCUCUACAGGUUUCUUCAAACGGCUGAAAUGUUGAAACCUUCCACGCCGUCUGCAAGCCACGACAGCACGGGGUCGUCUGGUAGUGAGGACGGCGCAGAGUACUAUCCACACAUAGUGUUCCUCCAGAAUAAGAGCAGGCGUGAGGACUUCUGCCCAAGGAAUCUGAAAGACAUGCAUAUGGUGGUGGACAAAUUAAUGGCCCACUCUCACCUCAAAUACAAAGGUUCAGUGUCCAUGCUGGACUGCAAUAUUUUCCCUGGUCUUGGCCAGAACUAUAUGACAACUGAAGUCAACAUGUUCCUGCUCCCCAUGCAGGACAUUGACAGUGAGGAUAAUCUCACUAAAGCUGGAUCCACAAUGACGUAUCCCCUCUUCUCCUUGCUCCCGGGUUACAAGGGACACCCUUCCUUCUCCACCAUGAUCUCCAAGCUGCGCAGCCAAAUACUGGCCAUGCCCCGGUGUCAGCUGUCACACACCAUCCUCACUGAAAAGAACUGGUUUCACUAUGCCGCUCGAAUCUGGGAUGGUGUCAAAAAGUCCUCCGCCCUCUCUGAAUACAGCCGCUUGCUGGGCUAGAAGUGGCGUCCUCAUGCUUUUCCAGAGCACCAUGCCACAGAAGGACUCCGAAACGAGAGACAUGGUUUUGAAAAGUUUGUAGGCGGGGGGGGGGGG